GGCGUAUUCAAUGAUUGUUAUGUGCAUCAGGCAAUUGGUGAAUUGGUAAGAUGGCGGCUGCGGCGGUGGAGUUUCAGAGAGCACAGUCGCUGCUCAGUACGGAUCGGAAUGCGUCCAUUGAUAUUUUACAUGCUAUCGUCAAGCGAGAUGUCCAGGACGAUGAUGAAGAAGCAGUGCGUGUCAAAGAACAGAGCAUCUUGGAGCUGGGCGGACUGCUGGCCAAGACUGGACAAGCUGCUGAAUUGGGAGGUCUGCUGAAGUAUGUCCGGCCAUUCUUAAACUCCAUCAGCAAAGCAAAAGCGGCACGGCUGGUGCGAUCCCUGCUUGAUCUCUUCUUGGACAUGGAGGCAGCAACUGGUCAAGAGGUGGAAUUAUGUUUGGAGUGCAUUGAAUGGGCCAAAUCAGAAAAGAGGACGUUUCUAAGACAGGCCCUGGAGGCCCGUCUGGUCUCCCUCUAUUUUGACACCAAGCGGUUCCAAGAGGCUCUACAGCUUGGCACUCAGCUCCUGCAAGAGCUGAAGAAGAUGGAUGACAAAGCUCUGCUGGUGGAGCUGCAGCUGCUGGAGAGCAAGACGUAUCACGCGUUAAGCAACUUGCCCAAGGCCAGAGCAGCUCUCACCUCUGCCAGGACGACGGCAAACGCCAUCUACUGCCCUCCAAAGCUGCAGGCUGCUCUAGACAUGCAGUCAGGCAUUAUUCACGCUGCUGAGGAGAAGGACUGGAAGACAGCGUAUUCGUACUUCUAUGAGGCCUUUGAGGGCUAUGACUCUAUUGACAGUCCUCGUGCCAUCACCGCACUUAAGUACAUGCUCCUCUGCAAGAUCAUGCUUAACUCGCCAGAGGAUGUGCAGGGCCUAAUCAGUGGCAAACUCGCCCUCAGAUAUGCCGGCAGACAGACAGAUGCACUUAAAUGUGUGGCCCAGGCCAGCAAGAACAGGUCACUCGCAGAUUUGGAGAAGGCUUUAACAGAAUAUAAAGCUGAGCUACGGGAUGACCCCAUCAUUAAUACCCACUUGGCCCAACUUUAUGACAAUCUAUUGGAACAAAACCUUAUCAGGGUCAUUGAGCCCUUUUCCAGAGUGCAGAUAGAGCACAUCUCAGAGCUGAUAAAACUCUCAAAGGGAGACGUUGAAAGGAAGCUGUCACAGAUGAUUUUAGACCAGAAAUUCCACGGAAUCCUUGACCAAGGAGAGGGUGUCCUGAUUGUAUUUGAUGAGCCUCCAGUAGACAAAACAUAUGAAACCGCCCUUGAAACAAUUCAGAACAUGAGCAAAGUUGUGGACUCGCUCUAUAACAAAGCCAAGAAACUGACAUAAGUUGAGCAUUGGACCCUGCAGCUGAGAGCAUGGCCAGUAUUGGGGACUCUGGGGAAAGGGGAGGGGGAUGUGAUACUGACAUCAAGUCAACGAAGGUCUAACACUUCAAAAACUAGGUGCAAGACUGGGUCCUGCUGUCCUCUUUGGCUUUCACUUGGACAUUUUGUGCCACCUUCCUCAAUGGCAAACUACUAUUACUAUGGGAUCCCAUUUAUUAUAUAUUUUUUUGCUGGUAAUGCAUUCCUUUGUAUCUUGGCUGUGCCUAAUGGGCCAUCAGGGAAUCUUCAAAAAAUAAAAACUCCCCUGCAUUAUAACUGUUUGAAAUGUAUAUAAAUAGAUCUUGAGAAUGAUCCAGAUCCCUUGCCAAUCCAGGGACCAACGUGUUAAGCUGUCGACAAAUUCCCUGUAUUAUCGAUCGAACGGUUUAAAGCCCACUCCCCCAAGAAAGCCCCGGCCUAACUCUCACUGCAAGACGGCAUACUUGGACUUUAUGUCAGGUGAAAAAAUUCUGAUAAUAUGCUGUCUUUAAGACAGGGAAAUGAGUGGUUUUCAUUCCCUGGCCCUUGCAUUCCUACCCUUCCUCUUUGUACAUAACAUUGCCAAGCGCCUCUAUCUGGCCUGUCAUGCUGUUGACCUUUUUAUAAAGCUAAAAAAAAACAAUAAAGUUACCAAGUGA